AUGGUCGGAGCGCGCCGAGCCCGUUUCCGCGGCGGAGCAGGCGAAACUGGGAUUGGAAGGUCCUCGAACGGGGAGGCGGGGAGGAGCGACGGUGGAUCAGAGCGGAGCGAUGCGAUGGGGUCGCGGGGAAGGUGGGGAAGGGUGGGGAGGAUGGGGAGGAUGGGGAAAGGUGGGGAGGAUGGGAAGGGUGGGGGAGGUGGGGAGGGAGUGGAAGGUGGGGAGGGUGGGAAAUGUACGCUGCUCUCACUCCCUUCCCUUCCACCCGUUCUCCAUGUGUAUGGAUUCUUGACUUGUCGCUAUGCCAUUCGCCUUCCAAGUCGUCUCAAUACGCUAUUUCCUGACACCUCCUCUCAGACCCCGGGCAGAAAAAAAAAGAAGGGAGUCACAACAGCAGAGGACGUCGAGUUCUUUCUGCGCCGCCGCUUCCCCUCCUGCAAGCUGGAAUACAUCGGCGGGCAGCCCGGGCAGGCGAAAGAAAAAGGCGAGGGAAUCGUGUGGCCCGUAUGUUCUGACCACCUGAGGCCAAGAGGAGUCGUGUACUCGUUUGGAGUGGGCCCGAACCUUCUGUUUGAAGGCGAAAUGACCUUGCGGGGACAGCAGGUGAGGGGAGGAGGUGGGGUGGGGUGGAAGUGGGUGGUAAGAGGGGGUGGGCGGGGAAUGUGA